ACACUCGCGUUUGUGGAAACGAAACAAAGAAGCCGCAAGCUAAAAAGAAGAGAGAGAAAGAAAGCGGAGAGAGAAAAUGGAGGUUCCAGGUUCAUCGAAGAAGAUGAUUGCAACCCAACAAGAAAUGGUGGAAAACAAGGUUCCAAUCCCUUACAGAGAUCAAUGCGCACAUCUUCUGAUCCCUCUCAACAAAUGCAGACAAUCCGAGUUUUACCUUCCAUGGAAGUGCGAAGAUGAGCGCCAUGUUUAUGAGAAGUGUGAGUAUGAACUCGUCAUGGAACGUAUGCUUCUUGCCCAGAAACUUCGCGAAGGCCAGAAGAAUCAACAGGGACAAUCCAUCCCUCUUAUUCCCAAAACUGCUAAUGCUUAAUUCUUCUUCGUUUUUGAUUGGGUUGCUGAGUUCACUUUGAUCAUCAUGCAUGGCCUUCUUGGUUUGUUGUACUGCUUGGAAUUGUUAUCGUACUGGAUUUGAUCAUCAUCGUGAAAGUACUUUUAUUCUCUCAAUCCAUGUUACAAUAAGUUCAUGUUUAACAUGGUUUUUCAGAAUUUUUUUUGAGUUGUAUUCUUCUCUGGUUAUAGCAAUCAGUUUCAUGGAACAGAUUUGCAGACUAUUAAUCUCUGCUUGACUGUUAUUGUGUAGAAAAAAUUUCUCUAAGCGGUGCUCGAUUGUUUGGGCAUAGUAAUAAAUUUAUCUUGACCAACUAUAGAAGUCCAAAAAUUCCUGUGGUAGGUGCAAGUUUGAAGUUUCUA